AUGAGCCGCAGUUUUGUUAGCAACGCCGAUCUGCGCGGUCGCACGGCCCCAUUUUGUGGUAGUUUAAUCUGUCAGAAGCGCUUUUGGGCGAAGCCGAAGAAGCGUCCGAAAGUUGGACCCGGAUUUCAUGAGAAGGCACAGAAGUGGAGAGACGAGUACCUUCUCGACCGCCACCGCGUUUUGGCUGACAGUCUCCGUGCAUACGUAGACUUUAGUUCUACAAAGCGGGUGGAGCCGUGGGAUACUCGCUUUGCUCCGUUUGAUCGUGUCGAAAAGGAUGGCGUGUACAUUCUUACUCGUUACCUCAUGGACGACAAACUGCAGCUGUGUAACUAUCACCAUCGCCCUGUGAAGCGCCUGCUGUGUAAUGUCGGGCUAAUGGGUCCUCAGGUAACUAUGACAGCGCGCUGGAAGCCGUACAGAUUUGCAACCAAUCCCGCUAACACCACGCGUGCCGAACGCACCUUCACAAAAGACAAGACAGUCUUCACAAGUUAUCAUCACGAUUGA